GAACUUGCUAACUUCAGUCAAAGAAGUGCACCGGUAUGGAUUCACAAAAAUCUUUUAUAAUAGACUUCUUAGCAGGAGGAAUAUCAGCUGCCGUAGCCAAGACAGCAGUGGCUCCAAUAGAACGGGUAAAAUUGCUGCUCCAAGUGCAACAUACGUCAAAGCAAAUUAGUCCGGAUCAGCGAUACAAAGGGAUCGUCGAUGCAUUUGUACGAAUACCAAAGGAAACUGGAGUAUUGAGUUUUUGGAGAGGAAAUCUCGCUAAUGUUAUUCGUUACUUUCCUACACAAGCGUUAAAUUUUGCAUUCAAGGAUAAAUUUAAGGCUAUAUUUCUGGAAGGUGUACCUAAAGAUGCUUUUUGGAAACAAUUCAUUGGAAACUUAGCAGCAGGUGGUGCUGCUGGUGCAACCUCGUUGCUAUUUGUCUAUCCUUUAGACUUUGCACGUACCAGAUUAGCUGCUGACGUUGGCAAAGGUGAUCAGAGAGAAUUCAAAGGCAUGGCUGAUUGCUUAACUAAAGUUUUUAAAUCAGAUGGUUUAAUUGGUUUAUAUCGAGGAUUCAAUGUGAGCGUUCAGGGAAUAGUUAUAUAUCGUGCUGCAUAUUUUGGAUUUUAUGAUACUACUAGAGGAUUAUUGCCAGAUCCCAAGAGUACUCCACUUUAUAUAAAUUUUAUAAUAGCCGAGAUCGUUACGACAACAGCAGGAAUCAUAUCAUAUCCAUUUGAUACUGUCCGAAGAAGAAUGAUGAUGCAAUCAGGUCGAAGCAAGGCGGAAAUUAUGUAUAAAAACACUUUUGACUGUUGGAUGAAAAUAGCAAAAACUGAAGGACCUGGCGCAUUUUUUAAAGGAGCGUUUUCAAACGUUCUACGUGGUACAGGUGGUGCUCUUGUACUUACACUGUACGAUGCAGUGAAGGAUGCAAUUGAAAAAGCAAUUACUUAGAGGCCUUUUCGUAUCAAUUA